GGCCAAGAGCCCAGCGAGCCGACCCUUCCUCUUCCAUCGAGACUCGAACCUAAACCCUCGCCGCCGUCGCAUCGCCGCACCCGCACACCCGCGCCACCGCCCACCGGAGCGGCGCGCGUCCCGCCCCGUUCCGCUCUUCCCACGGCGGCACCGGAGGAGGGGGUCAUGGCUGACCCUCCUAGCCCACGCCUGGACGACGAGGACGCCUUCGGCCGCGACUUCAACUCGUCCCCUUCGCCCACCGCCCCACCCGCCCGCUCCGGCGAGAAGAGGCCGUUCGGCGAUCUGGACGACGAUGAUGAGGACGUCUUCGCUUCCAAGAAGGGAAAGACAAAAGUGGAAGAAAGUGCCCCAGGUGCUGCCACAGGAAUGAUUCUGUCUCUUCGAGAAAGUUUGCAGAACUGUAAAGAUAAUCUUGCAUCGUGCCAGGUGGAACUAGAGGCUGCGAAAUCAGAAGUUCAAAAGUGGAAUUCAACAUUUCAGAACAUUCCAGCUGUACCUGCUGGAACUAAUCCAGAUCCUGUUUCGGUUGUUUCAUAUCUCAAUAACCUGAAGUCAUCGGAGGAAUCAUUGAAGGAGCAGCUGGAGAAAGCUAAGAAAAGAGAGGCUGCUUUCAUUGUAACAUUUGCUAAACGAGAACAAGAAAUUGCAGAAUUGAAGUCUGCGGUUAGGGAUUUGAAAACUCAAUUAAGGCCACCAUCGAUGCAGACGAGGAGAUUAUUACUUGAUCCAGCAAUCCAUGAGGAAUUUACACGAUUAAAGAAUCUCGUGGAGGAGAAGGAGAAAAAGAUUAAGGAGCUACAAGACAAUGUUGCUGCUGUCAAUUUUACUCCAUCCAGUAAACAUGGAAAAAUGCUAAUGGCUAAGUGUAGAACACUGCAAGAGGAAAAUGAAGAGAUUGGGGCAAUGGCUUCUGAAGGAAAAAUCCAUGAGCUUGGAAUGAAAAUUGCAGUUCUAAAGACUCAAAACAAUGAGCUCAGGAAUCAAUUCAAUGAGUUGUAUAAACACAUGGAUGGUCUAACAAAUGAUGUUGAAAGAUCAAAUGAAAUGGUGGCCAUUCUUCAAGAUGAGUUAGAAGGAAAAGAUAUAGAGCUGAGAAAAUUGAGGAAGAUGCUUGCACAGAAAGAAUUAAACGAUGAAGACAAAAUACCUGAAGAAAUGGAAGUCGCCGGAGAUGAUAUAAAUGCUAACUCGGAUAAUCAGUCAAUAAAAGUGGAAACAUAAUCGACGUUUCAGCAGUCAUCUAUGGUGUUCUCAACAUUCAUCCAUCUUUCUUUGUGUCUCAUGUAUCAGAAGUGUUAACAUAUGUAAUUUGACCUAAUGUCAUUUCUUCUUGCUGAUGUUCAUUGCGUUUCGUCUAAGCACUCUUGAUGAGACGU